AUGCGCUUUCCUCUGUGCUUGUCCCUGCCGCUGGGGGCAGCCAUUCGAGAAUCCAGCGACCUGACAGCUCCGCUGCUUUUCAACACGCAGAAUGCACUCAACAAGCUUCUCUUGUACUACAUCAACACAGAUCAAGGAACGUCCAGACGACUUCACAUGCAAGAACAAGCAUCCGAGCUUGCCUUGCCGCUGCACCGUUUCAGGGCAGUCGAUUCUAUCGCCAUUGCUUCUGGGCUCUAUGAUGACAAGUACAUCUUGGCGCAGGGUGUAGACAGCAACCUGCAUGCAGCAGGGCGAGACCACACGCAGAAUGCCACCAUCGCUUGCUUCGUCAGUCAUGUAGAGCUGCUGGCAGAGAUCGCAGGCAGUUUCAGCGGCGACUGCAUCGUGCUUAUAAUGGAAGACGAUGUGCUGAUUCCGGCAGAUGUGUUGCAGAGGAUCACACAUGCUCUGGAAUGUGCCCCACCAGACUGGACGCUGCUGAAGGUCUCUUCAUGGGGCGCCGUGCGAUCAUCCAAUGUGGUCAGGCAGAAGCGCAGCGUGUGGCAGGCAACACAUCUGGAAGCGCUGCCGUGGCUUCACCGAGUGUCAGAAAAACCGGCGCGAUCCAUCACCUUCUCGCGCUUGCAGCACUUCUUGAGUCCAAAGCCUCUCCGGCACAGGCUUGCAAGCCAGGCAGGUCUGCGACUUUUUCAGACGCCGUGCUUUCUCAUGGCCGUCUUUGCCGCCGUGGAUGGCGACGAACGCGCCAAGGCGUCCUAG